UAAUUUUGUAUUCAGUGUCCCUCGGCUAAGACGCAUGCGUGGUGUAAAUAUUCGGAAAAAUUAAAAUGGCUGGUUGUAGGCAGAUUUGGUUGAAUAAUGAUUCCGGGAUACUUCGCAAAAAAGAAGAAGAAGAUGAACUCCUAGUGUUUGGAUAUUCCUGCAAACUUUUCCGUGACGAUGAAAAGGCCCUUUUCAUUGAUCAGGGAAAACAUUUAAUUCCAUGGAUGGGCGAUGAAUCAUUAAAAAUUGACAGGUAUGAUGGACGUGGGGCCUUGUAUGAUUUAAAGCAGUAUGAGGCACAGCCGGGUGGUCAUGAUGCAAAUCGGUGGGUUGGUCUGUCUGAUGCCGAACGUCGCGCAGAACAGCUUUGUGAUGAGGAACGAUAUCGAUCCUUACACCAUAAUGAGGAAGAAGAAGCAUUGUACCAAGAAGAAGAGUUGAAGCGGCUCCAUAAGGCACUGGGCUCAAAAUCAUAUGGUGAAGUUGCAUUCAAUUAUGAAGAAGAUCCAGGCUCAGGGAAACUUGAAGAGAAAGAACAGGGAGAACCUACAGAGGAGGAAGUGGAAGGAGGAGACGAACCUUUUGUAGUGCCACCAGAACUGGAUGUACCUAUUAACAUGGCAUUGCCUGACUCUGUUAAAUUGAAUGCAAUUAUUGAGAAGACUGCUCUGUUCAUCAGCCAGCAAGGAGCACAGAUGGAGAUAUUGCUGAAAAUGAAGCAGGCAAACAAUCCGCAGUUUCAGUUCCUUUCUUUUGAUUCACAACUUCACCCGUACUAUCGUCACCUUCUCAUGGCCAUUAAGACUGGGCGUUACCGACCAAAGACACAAGAACAAGAAAAAGAGGGUGAUCAGGAUGAUAGCAGUGAUGACCACUACUUACAUCCUAGCCUGGCCCCUGGAAGUUCACGUGUUGAAUUGGCUCCCUCAAUUCCAAGUAUUAGCUACAAGCCAUCAGCUGACUGUGCUUACUCCAUGCUAGUUAACAAAAUCAAGAACAGGCAGGCGUCAUUAUCUUUGAACCCACUGCAGCAGCCUCCUGCUCCUGGCACAUCCCACCACGUUCUGCAAGUCCAAUAUCACCAGGUUGAACCUGAUCACAUUAUCCAGGCAUCACCAGUUCUCUACAGGCAAGAUCCUGUUUCUAAAGAGACUACAGCGCUGGGUUCCACUGUGCGUCAUCAUGUUACCAUACAGAAAACUUCACGUAAUGGAGACUCUUCUGAUGAUGAUGUUUAUAGGGGACAAGUAGGUUCUGUUUGUAGUGGAGGCCAUAGCAGUUCAAGAUCAGAUUCUCCUGAAAUGUUCACUCUUCCUCCAUCAGACAUGCAACUCAUAAUAGACAAAAUGGCCAGCUAUGUUGCCAAGAAUGGCAGGGAUUUUGAAGCCAUUGUGAGAAGCAAAGGUGAUAGCCGUUUUUCGUUCCUUGAUGUGAAUCAUCCGUUCUUCCUAUAUUAUCAGCAUAAAGUGGGGAUUUAUGAGAAAUUGGAAGUUCCUGCUGUUGCCCCUUCUGUAGCUUCAGUUGGCAGCACUUCAGCAAGGAUGGAAGUGGACGAUUCAAGUCAGGAUAUCAAUGUGACUGCUGGUGCUGGUGAAGACAGCCAUGACAGCUCUGAUAAAAGCAGUGAUGGGAGCAGACAUGACAACUGUAAUCAAAGGCCCAAACCAGCGCCCGUAUGCUUCUCAAUAAAGAAACCAAAAGAUUCCGAAGCUUUGCUGUUGGAGAAGCGUAGUGCCUUGCCAGUGGAAGAGAGUUCAGACGAAGAAGAAGGUCAGGAGAGAGAUAAAGACAAAGUGAAGGUUGAGGAAAAGAAAAAGGUAGAAGAGAAUUCUGUUAAAGAAGAGAAGGAAAUAAAAAAUGAGAUUGAGACAAUUGAUCUCACAGAGAGUACGCCUACAGCACAACCAUCAUCAGGAAGCAUUGUGACAGUUGAUGAAAACAGUAGCAGCAGGGAAAAAAGAGGAAGUACAGACAAGGCCAAAUGGGCCGAAGAACGAGUGAAGGAUAAGUUAGCAGCUGCAGCUCGGGAAAAAAUUGCAGCUGCGGCUCGGGAGAAGCAACUGCAGUUGGAGCGAAAGAGAAGAGCUGCUGCCUUUAUAAAUAUGAUACGCAAAGAUCAUCCACUGGGAGCCCUUGAUCCUCCUAUCAUAGGUCCCCAGCUUCCUGAUGGUGCACCAGUGCAGAGAGUUAGUGGUGAUGAAGGAGAAGUAUCGUCUGUUCCUUCUCCAGCGUCUCUCUAUGACGUAUCUUCACCACAGCACAUAGGUAAUGGGAGUCAGGAAUUGGAAGAUCGUCUCAAUCCAAAACACAAUGGCAAUGCGCAGUCUCAGACAACUUCCUUGUAUGCUCGAGUACAAGCUUUGACACAAGGGGUGAAGCGAAGGAAUGCAAGUUCAAGCAGUAACAGUGACCACAGCACGAGUAGUUUGAAGGGUCAGAAUCACGGUCAUGUGACUGACAAGCACAGACACAAGAAGAAGAAGAAGAAAAUAUCAGGCUUACAUAAAAAAUGUCAUGCAUCACCCCCUUCUCAUUCACAUUUUCGGUCUCUCAGACAUAAGAAGGAAGAUGAACGCUCGAAGUCAAGGAAGUCGAAGCAAAAGACUCAUUCAAGGUAUGAAUGCAUUUUGUUUCCAAAAACGCUGUGUUUCCUUUUAACAGCACACGUUGGUUUUUACUGAAUCUGUCAUUUCCUA